CUACAAGCACAGUUGCGCCGACUCAGAGCCCGUGAUGCAGUAAAAUCUGCACCGACUUACAUGCGUCCCUUUUGCGGGCACUUUGGGCGCAGCGUCUCUGCGGGCAUACUUGACAGAGCUGGCAUCAGGUCAACGUACGCCCAGACCCGCCAGGUGUCAUCCUCUCCCUCCAGCGCCAGAAGUCUGCGACUCCCGCGCGGCGCCAACCCCAACGCGAAGAUGGCAGGCGAGGGCAACUACAACGCCUGGACUAAGACGGGCCUCAUCCAACGGGUUAGAGAGCUCGAGGUCGAGCUGGCAGCUCGCCCAGCGGCUCCAACUCCAGCCGAGCCGGCGGAAACGGGGCUGCGGGCUCCCGACACCAUCGGCGAGGAUGGCACGUCCGCCGCCGUCGAUAAACCCAAAGCCAAGCCGCCCAAGGGGAAGCGCAAGAUGGAUCCGUCGCGGUACUCGACGCGGUUCAUCGCGCUCAAGCUCGCGUACCUGGGCAAGAACUACGGCGGUUUCGAGUUCCAAGCCAUGGGCAACCAGCCGUCCAUCGAGGAGGAGCUGUGGAACGCCCUCACCAAGGCCUGCCUCAUCUUCCCCGAGGACGAGAGGGUCGUUCAGUUCGACUGCUGCGAGUAUUCCAAGUGUGGAAGGACCGACCGCGGCGUCAGCGCCUUUGGCCAGGUUGUCGGUCUGCGAGUAAGGAGCAACAGGCCGCUGCCCAAGAAGAGGGCCAAGCUGGACGUGGACGGCGCCGUGGCGGUCGAGCAGCGACCAGACGAGAUGAUGGACGUCGAGCUCGAAGAGGGGGUGGAGGAGGAUCAGGCACAGGAGAAGCCGUUCGACGACGCCAAGGACGAGCUCUGCUACCCGCGCAUACUCAACCGACUGCUGCCCAAGGACAUCCGCAUCCUGGCCUGGUGCCCCUCCCCGCCGCCAGACUUCUCGGCCCGCUUCUCGUGCCGCGAGCGGCAGUACCGCUACUUCUUCACCCAGCCCGCCUUCACCCCGGAGCCGUCACUGGCAGGCGCCGGCGCCGGCACCCGGUCCACCGGCGGUGUCAGGACCGGGUGGCUGGACAUCGAGGCGAUGCGCGACGCCGCCAAGCGCUUCGAGGGCGAGCACGACUUUCGCAACGUAUGCAAGGUCGACCCGGCCAAGCAAAUCACAAACUUCCGGCGGCGCAUUUUCGAGUCGGACGUGGUCGAGGUCAAGGACGUGGCCUCGGCGCUCCCGUACCUCGGGCAGGCGGGCUUCGCGGCGGGGCCGGGCAUGCCCACGGCCGGCGAGCCGUACCCCAAGGUCUACUACUUCCACGUCCGCGGGUCGGCGUUUCUGUGGCACCAGAUCCGACACAUGGUGGCGCUGCUCUUCCUCGUCGGCCAGGGCCUCGAGAAGCCUUCGCUCAUCUCGGAGCUGCUCGACGUGACGACGAACCCGCGCAAGCCGAGCUACGUCAUGGCCGACGAGGUGCCGCUCGUGCUCUGGGACUGCCUCUUCCCAGACCUCGACGAGGAGGCGAGGAGGAUGGGGGCCGCCGCCGCUGACGGUGGGGACCGCGUCUUGACGGAGCGGACGGACGCGCUUGAAUGGAUCUACGUCGGCGACGAGUACGCGCCCAACAAGUACGGGCAGUUUGGCGUCGUCGACGGCCUGUGGGAGCUGUGGCGCGAGCGCAAGAUGGACGAGCUGCUCGCCAACCAGCUGCUGCAGCUCGUCUCGCAGCAGGGCGUGCCGGCCGGCACGGCGCCCACCGGCGGCGGCGGCGGUCGAGCCAGCGCCAGCGCGAGGGUCUACGAGGGGGGCAACGCGGGCCGGCUGGCGGGCAAGUACGUGCCCGUUAUGAGGAAGGAGAUGAUGCAGUCGCCCGAGGAGCAAAACGACAAGUACGCCAGGCGCAAGGGCUACGCCAGCGCCGAGGAUAUGCGUGAGCAAAAGGGCAUGGGUAGGCCACGAGGAGACGAGGCAACGUCUGACGAGUAGUCGGCCCAAGCGAGAUGUGCAUAAUGGAUCAAACAAAUCACACCAAAUACAUACCACCAUAUGAGUGCUCAAGAG